AUGCGCAUUUUGCAGUUUAACUAUGUCCGCAAAGAAGGAACCGUGGAGGUCCACGUCACAACGUUCAAGGAAUGGCUACUUGAGAACGCGGUCCUCAAGUCCGUGAUGGCCGAAGGCGUAAUCGUCACAAGGGUGCUACGACCGAGUACGGAGGGCAGGAAGCGGGGCAAGGCUGGAGGGUUAGAGGCGUUGGGUAUGGGCCGACAGGGAGCCAGCCCUACCCCACCUCCAAGAGUCACGUGA